AUGACUCUCCUCGGUAAGCGGAAUACGCUGAAAGGCCAUUUGACUCGACUCGAAGACUAUGUUAGAAGAGUCGGUCGGGAUGAGGCUUCGUUUACAGCUACAGACAUUUACAUGAAACUCACGACUCUCGAAGGUAUUAAAGCGCAAAUUGAGGUGCUUCAUGAGGACAUGCUCAGGUCAGGUGUAGAUGAAGACCAAGAAAAUGAGCAUCACCAGACGUUUCUAGAGCGUUUAAACUCUGUCGAGAGUUUCUUAAAAAAUGUCCUAGGUCGCAGGGAUGUAGAAGAGGACGAAGUAGAGGUCGAUGAAGACGAUGACAAUGGUGAAGGGCAGUCGUCCCAUUCACCCAUUCCAAAGGAUAACCACUUGGAUUCAAAGCAAUCUGCGUCGAAUAGUCUAGAUUUGUCAAGUAUUGAAAAGGCCCUUGCCACACUUUUGCAACAUCAAGUAAAUGCAGAGCUCAGGUCCCAAACAGUGAUAGAGAAACUAGGUCAAGCAGUGACCACGUCCAUACAGCCUAUACACGAUUCUGAGUCACUUGGUUCAAGUAAGUCCAAACUCCCAAACAUAGAGAUUCCUAAAUUCUCCGGUAAUUAUGUCGAUUGGCCUCCCUUUAGGGACAUGUUCAUCAAUAUUGUCCAUCUUGACCGAAAGCUAUCCGAUGUCCAAAGGUUGCAUUAUCUUGUCACUAAUGUUGACGUGAAUGCCAAGAAGAUGAUUAAGACUCUAAAGAUCACUAAUGCCAAUUAUAGGGUAGCUUGGGAUGUCCUUUCUAAUCAUUUCGAGGAUCAAGCAUCGGUUAUUCACGAACAUAUCAAGGACUUCUGCGAAUUACUUCCCAUUUCCAAUCCGACAAAGGCUAAUUUCACCGAGUUAGUAGUCACGGCCAAGUCCAUUCUGGAUGCACUUGACGCGCUCGAGGUUACCUCGCGAGACCCAUGGGUAAUAUAUUUAUUGCUAGACAAGUUGGAUCAUGAGACUAAAGUUCUCUGGUCAAGGGAAAUCCAGAAUAGCACGCCCACUCUCCCAACAUUCAUGACAUUCCUCCAAAGUAGAAUGAAGUCCAUUGAAAGAUAUCAGCCAUGUCCCAGUAAGCCCACUACGAAUCAGAAUAAACCAAGUAGUACCCCAAUUUCCAAGUUCAACCGAAAUUCCUCUACAGUUCUUGCCACGCCAUCCCAAUCUGAAUGCAUCGCUUGCGAUCAAAGCGGGCAUCCGAUCUUCAAAUGUCCAACAUUUCUUAAAAUGGAUUCUGCUGAUCGGCUCGAGUUGAUCAGGAAGUUCAAUCGAUGUCGGAAGUGCUUGACCCAAAACCACCAAACCCGAGAUUGUACGUUUUACUCAUGUCGCAAGUGUGAGGGCCACCACAACACAUUGCUUCAUGGAUCCUUUGGACCCAGUCGACCUGAUUUGCGGACCCCCACAGAAACAAUAAGAGAUCAAACACAGAAUCCAUCAAAGUCCACAGUUGCCACGACCACUGAUAAGUCAGAAGAACAGCCACCAAUUCCAAGUCCACCCACAGACCAGCCCAAUGACAAUGCAGUCAUCACGUCUACCACGUCCACUCAGUCCAGGAAAAGAGUCUUUUUAGAGACAGCCAUUGUCAGAAUCCUCGACAAAUAUGGAGUUUCCCAUCAAUGUCGCGCUUUAUUAUAUUCAGGCGCCCAAGUCAACCUUCUUUCACAAUCAUUUUUCCAAAAACUAAAGCUGCCCAAGUCCAUGUCCAACACGUUCAUAGGUAGGGUUGUCGAGGGUGGUUCGACAUCACGAUUCCAAACGGAUUGCAAUAUCCAAUCUCAAGAUGGCGAAACCCAUUUUACCAUGACAUGCCAGAUAGUACCUUCUGUCCUCCAACAGAAACUUCCUAACUGGGAGGUAAAUCAGCAAGAAAUUCCCAUUCCCUCGGGAAUUGAAUUGGCCGAUCCCACAUGGCACUUCCCUCAGGUAAUUGAUCUCCUGAUAGGAAACGAGUUCUAUAAUGAGAUCUAUACGGACAGAAUCCUUCGCUUGGGCUCAGGGUUCCCCGUUAUGAAGGAUAGUUGUUUCGGGUGGAUCCUUUCAGGCCCUUAUACCACAACAAAGCCCAACCAGCCCAUUGUGUGUGUAGCAACCACACUUGCCUCAAUCGAUUCAUCUCUCAAAGGAUUUUGGGAGGUUGAAGAGAUUGAUUCUCCACAUAUCAAGGCCCCAGAUCAUGAGAUUGUAGAAAACAUUUUCCAGACCACAACCUCCAGAGAUUCCACGGGACGCUUCAUUGUCCAAGUUCCAUUCAAGCCUACAUUAGUGCGAUUGCACGACAACCUCCCAAAUGCCACACGCCAACUUCUCCACUUAGAAAAAAGGCUUGCCUCCAAACCAGAUCUACGACAGUUAUAUCAUGCUGCUAUGCAGGAAAACCUUGACUUGGAGUUCUUUGAAGAAGUUCCCCCUCACGAAGUCAACAAGCCAAGUUUCUAUAUGCCCCACCAUUGCGUAACUAAGCACUCUCCUACUGGACCGAAGAUCAGAAUAGUAAUGAAUGCCAGUUCUAAGUCCCAAACGGGCCUCAGUUUGAAUGAUGUUGCCAUGACGACGGAUUUUUGGCCCCAUAUGUGA